GAGUGGAGCUUGCGACUGAAGUGUGUGGAAAUGAGGACUUGAUGAAUGACCUGUGAUCUUUAUAGAACCAUUUCAGUUCAGUGCUGUUAAAUUUCUAUUUUCAGACUCCAUCAGAAAAAAGUAUCCGGCUCAAAGUCCAAAUUUCGAAGGCAGCCGUAGGACUGAAUCUCAGAGGUACAAGACGAAGACGGUUAAAGGUCGUUAAAAUCGACUGAAAAUGAGUGGUACAGUGGCUGUAGAAUUAUCAGGCAGUUCUUUGCACACAAGACAAUUACGUACAACCGGGGAUGGCCUGGAGACUAGCUACGCCCUGUCAAUGAAAAUGAUCUGCACCAACAAACAGCAUCUGCAGAAGACCGUGACAAGAUUGGAAAAGAUGCAGAGUCCCAUGAAAAAACAACGUGAUGAUCUUCUGUUCUUGAUAUCAACAAUGGAAGAAUGGAUCAGAAUCUUACAUGAAUCGGAAAGGGGACAUAACGGGGUCCCCGUUCAGCGAUCGGUGAAGGAAGGUUGCGGUGAUAUCACGCCCAGUUUGAACAGCAAUAACAGCGAAUUGAAUCAAACUGUACAGCGGCUCAGCAAAGCCAGCGUGCCGCGCAUUGCGCACGUGCAGAAAUGCUUGAAGGAUCUGAAAAAGGAAAUUCGUGACGUGUUCGACAACGAGAACACUUAUAAUGGCAAGUUUGUCGAAGAUGUGAGAGAAAAAAUGGGAAAUAUAAUUGGUACAGCCAAUGCAUUGUUAGCGCUGUACUACUCAUAAACUAAAAUGAAAGGCAAACAACAAAAAAUAGAAUCCGUGUUCUAAUAAACGUUAACUUAGAGAUAUCACGUGUUCAAAUAAGACAGAAAACCCUACAAUAAAGAAGAGAUAU